AAUCUGAUAGUUUUAAUAGUGAGGCUUCCAAAUUAAAACAUUGCAUGUAACAACAAUCCACAAAACGUUACAAAACAAAUCAAUCGAUUUUACUUUCCGAUUUUUUGACUUUGUUUAUGCUGAACUAUGAUUGGUGAGUCGUUGUCCCUUUCUUAUCUAGACCAAUCAGUGAUCGGUUUUUUUUGACAGUCAAGAGAAAACAAAAAUAAAAAUACCUACUACAAUUUUCUUCAUGUGAGCUACUCUGGUCUGUCUCGUUCGAUUUCUUGGAUUUCUGACGAAAUUGAUCGCGUUUUCUUCUAAAAACAAUUGAUUUAAAGGCUUGUUUCUAUACAUGGUGUAUCAUAAUCGUCAGAUCGUGGUGAACGUGAUAUAUUGACGACGAAUUAUGUUGAAAAACAAGUGUGACGUCACAAUUUUUAUCAGCUGAGGAGUCGGGUGGUGCAAGGAAAGGUCGGAAAAACAAACAAAAUGGGAGGCGCCGUGAGCUCGGGCAGGGAUAAUAACGAGUUGAUCGACAACCUUGUAAGCAGCAACUACAUUCGGUCACGGGAUGUGGAGCGAGUGUUUAGGGCGCUGGACCGCGCGGAUUACAUGACGCGGGAUGCACGGGACCAGGCUUACAAGGACCUGGCGUGGCGGUACGGCUCGCUACACCUAUCCGCGCCCUGUAUCUACAGUGAAGUGAUGGAAGGUCUGGAGUUGGCUCCGGGGCUGUCAUUCCUGAAUGUGGGCUCGGGUACAGGCUACCUCAGCACCCUGGUGGGGUUGAUCCUGGGCUCCAGCGGCAUCAACCAUGGGGUUGAGGUGCAUCCCAUGGUGGUGGAAUAUGCUAAUAAAAGGCUUGGACAGUUCAUAGAAAAUUCUCCAGUUUUGGAUGAAUUUGAUUUUUGUGAGCCUAAAUACUACCAGGGUAAUGGACUAUGCAUAGCACCACUGGGAGCACCCUAUGACCGUGUCUACUGCGGUGCGGGUUGCCCGGAGGAGUAUCAGAAUUACUUCAAACAACUUAUCAAGGUGGGCGGCAUCCUAGUGAUGCCACUAAACGACAACCUAGUCCAGGUGAAGAGACUCGGCGAGGCCGAGUGGACGUCCCGCAGCGUCCUCAACGUUUCGUUCGCGACGCUGCGCGUGCCCACGAAGGAGGAGGCAGGGGACCUUAUCAGAUUGGAAGAACAGUGCCCAGCGCGCCUCCAGACCCUGUGCCGCGGCAUGGUCCGCGCGGCGCUGCGCGGCGGCGUGUGGCGGCGCCACCCCGAGCUGCGCGCGCCGCCGCCGCGCCCGCCGCCCGCCAAGAAGCCGUGCCCCCGGAGGAUCUGCAUACCCAUUGAGGAUGAGAGCGACGUUGAAGGCCUAAACGCACUUCACGACCUGGACCGCAACGGCGGCGCGGGCGAGAUGAACGCCUUACUGUCCCUAGUGCUGAGCAUGGGCCCGUCCCGAGUGGCCGGCGCCUUGCGGUUCGACGCGCCGUCCGACGACACGUCCGACGAUAACCCUGAUGACUCCACCGACCAGCGAGCCGAGGACGACGAGACGAGGAGCCCCGGCGGGGCGGGCGGGGCGGGCGGGGCGCGCUCGCGCUCGUGGAGCCGCGCCGAGCGCCGCGCCGCGCGCCCGUGCCGCGGCAUGCUCACCUUCGAGCUGCGCGACGACGAGCGCGCCCGCCCCGCGGCCGCCGACAGCGUCGCUCAACCGGAACCAGUCCCAUCAGCUAGCAGAACACGGCCCACCUCAGCAGACGCAGCUGACGCAACCGCAGACAAGGACAGCACGCCCGAGCGCGACACGAGGAGCGACGGCGACAGCGAUAGGACGCGCCAGCGCGACACGAAAAGCGACGGCGACAGCGACAGGACGCGCGAGCGCGACACGAAAAGCGACGGCGACAACGACAGGACGCGCGAGCGCGCCACGAGGAGCGACGGCGACAGCGACAGGAUGCCCGAGCGCGACACGAGGAGCGACGGCGACGCGGACAGCACGCGCGACAGGAGCCACCCGCGCGACGACAGGACUGCGAGGAGGGACAGGCGCAGGCGCCGCAGGGACGGGCCCGGCGAGGACGACCAGGACGAAAUGCCGGCUGAGGUCGAGAUAUACUUGGGAAAGAUGGGCGGCGGUGAAGCCACGACAUCCCGAGAGAUGGACUGGGACGCGGACGAGGAGGAAGUCGAGGACGACGAACCGGAGGAGGACACCGAGACCGAACAAGCGAGCCUCGAGGCCGACGGCGAGGCCGAGGCUGGCUCGUCGGGCAGCGCCGACAAGCCGCCGAGACAGAAGCUAGAUAGCGGUAUAGGUGAAAUGACGCCGUCGGCGGAUUCCUCCCCGAUCAGCACGGGCUACGAGGCGGGCAGCUCGCGCCGCUCCGGCCAGGACUCCGACACCGGCUCCAGGACCGUAGGGCGCCGCCGCCGCCAGAAGCGGCACUUCACGCGGCGCUCGUCGGGCUCCGGCGAGUCCGGCACGUCGGACUCGUCGUCGGGCCGGCGCCACAAGCGCCGCGCGUCCGACGGCGGCGACGCCCGGCGCGUGCGUCUCUCUAUCCUUAUGAAGAGGUCGGUCAAAGAGUUACCGCUCCCGUAUGCGCUUAAGAAAUACGUUAAUCUUGGCCGUUGCUUUGAAUUUUAGGUCUAGAUUUUAUCCAUAAGGAAGUCAAACUCGGCUGCUGUAUUCUAGAAUCCAAAAUAACGAUAUUCUCAUAAAAAACGACUCAAUCAGAGUAGGUCUAAAUGCCACGUGCGACGACUAUAAGCGAUCAGAAUUCCUAAAGCGUAAAGUACAACGGUAGGCACCUAAAAUAUGUCGAUCCUGGCUAUUACUUCGAUUUCUACCUGUUCUAAGUAGGCUUGCCAGGUGUCCGGCUAAGCCGGACAUGUUUGGCUUUUUGCGGUCGCGUCCGGCCAAAUAUGUACGUGUUCGGCCUGUCCGGCUUUUGUCAGGCUUUUUGUCAGAUACUUUUUUCAACAGCCCAGCUGUAAAAACAUUGUUUGGCAAUAAAAAAAAACAUGUCCGGCUUUUAGGGCAAAAUGUCCGGCCUUAUGUAGUGCGCAGUCCGGCCUUUGCAUUUUAUGGCCUGGCAACCCUAGUUCUAAGUCAAGAAGUCUCCGGAAAUCCACGCUCGGGUAUGAUAUGUUAUUUGAGUGCGUGUUAAGUCAAAGGAAUUUAAAUGUAUACAUUAGUUGUAUUCCACAUUCAGUCCGUUGCGCCGCUGCCAUAUAAAUAUGGAAUGUAAAUAUUGCAUGGAAGGUUCAAUUUCGUUUAACAAGCGCUCACGACAGUCGUUUGUGGUGAAUCGCACAUAAUAUUCUACAUGGUAAAAGUCUUCGGUCGAUGUUCUGAGUUCCAAGUCGCUAAUCAUUACUUGGAACGCUGCCGAAUCAGAGGGCCUACCGCGAAAUACGGAAAUCGAAAUUUCGUUAUCUGCCUAGAGUUGGUACGAACUCGAGUCUUCUAAGGUCUUAGCACAUUGUUUCAACUCAACAGCCACUCGACUCAAAAUUAAAUAUUGAAGUUAAAGCCUUAUCUUGUAUGUCCUAUAGUACAAUGUUUAAAAUUUAGGUAACUGUCGGGUGGUCUACGCGUCGUCCACUCGUCGUCCACUAAGGUGAACCAAAAGUGAGUUGAGUUGGUGUGGAAUUGGUAUAGUGUGCGAAGACCUUAAGUCUAAAUUUGCUCCCGUUUAAAAUUAGCUCAGUAGAGUAAUGUUAAUGUGAUCAUGUCGCAACUCGAAAUGCCUGUAUAAAGUUACUGUACUAAUUUUAUUCUUAUUGUGCCAGUACUGUCUGGUUGUUCCGGACGCUCCAUGCGACAUACGACUUUAAAUCAUUGUAACAAAGUUGAAUUUUGCUUGUACGGAGCGUCUGAAGCUCAAUAUUCAUUUAUUUUUCGAAUUAGCGCUCGAUCGCUGAAUAAGUCGUAUGAAAUUGAACGUUAUUUCAUUACGUAUAAGGUCUGUUUUUCAAGGCUAAAGAUGAAAGGUAAUGUUAUCUAAAUCAACUAUUAAUCGAAUGUGGCCGUUGUAAUUAUAAUUUUGUAUAUUAUUUUUAUAUUUUGUUUUGUGUCAAAUUUGAGAGUAAGGGAUUGUUUAGUGUGUCUAGAUUAGGUGUAAAGGUCUUUCUAAAGGUAACAAAAUGGCAAAUUGUAUGGUAACGUAUUUCAAGAUCUUUUUAUAGUAUAUUUCAAACAUGGGUAAAAUUUAUAACCUUAAACACAAAAUCUUUGCUAAAUUGUACUGAAAAGACAUCGCAACUUUAUCUAUAAGAAUAGUUAUCAUGUGUGUGUCGGAGCCAUCGCUUACCCAUGGAAAGACCAAAACGUUAACUGUACAUCAUAUAUGCGUAUCUUUACAGUAGCCAAUGUAGCCAUAGAUUUUCAUAGUCGUUAAACAUAUAUGGUGUACAGUCAGCCUUCGCCCGCGCGGUGACUGUACAUACUUCAUAUAGCUGUAAAUAUCUACUGUCAUGUUUCUUGCAUGGAAUUAAAGGGGAAUUGUGGGAAAGGAAACUCUUGUGUUUGUGGUAUUUUUACAUUGUGACCACAGUAAAGUCAGCGCUUGUACAUUACGAUACAAGUGCGAAAAAUAGAUUCGCACAUAAAAAAAAGUGGUUUGUAGCAAGUUUUGUAAGGCCGCGGGCUGGACGCAAGCGGCGCCCUGGACGCAAGCGGCGCCACAAUAAGUAAUAGCACUACCGUACAGAAAAGAAAUUUGCUACAUAACCGAAGUUUGACAGCGAUUCAGGGACGAAUCAUGCUGUCCCUUUCUUAUGUAUGGUGCUGUCUCUGCCGCCAAUUAAGGUUGUCAAAAUUCAAGUCAUCUUAUCUGUGCUCGUACACGCAAAGGGACGACAAGUUGUGCGAGCCCUAAUAAUUGCUCGGAGCAAUGCUGAGCCGAACGGAGCCGAAUGCCCGAAGGGAACAGCCCCCCUUUCGUCCCCCUGGCGGCGCGCUUUAAAUCAAAGCCAUUUAUACAUCGCGCUCGAACAAAUGUAUAAUCGGCCUUGAUUUUCCGCUUGUGUCCAGUCCACGGCCUUACAACGCUGUCAAAAAUAACCAAAUUAGUAAAUAUAAAAAAAACGUAAUUAUUGAGUUUAAGAAUGCUAAAAUAAACAACUGCGUAUGGAAUUAUUUUUUAAUGUUUAACAAGCAGAAACGUCUGCGAACGAUGCUAUUAAGUGGAACUGGACUGAAAAGUGGCGGUGACAUAAUCGGACAGACAGACGGACAUGACGAAUCCAUAAGAGUUCCGUUUUUUGCCACGGAACCCUAAAAAUACUGCCCCGGGUGAGACUUGAUCCAGAGGCCGUGAGUUGAACUCUCACCCAGGGCAAUAUUUUUCCACUUUUAAAAUAUAUUCUGGUUUUCAAAGUGAAUAGAGAAAUCCUCGGUAGUUACGCCAGAUGGAAAAGAGAAAAAUAAUUCCCUGUAGAUUCAGACCAAGAUAAGUUGGCAGCAAUUUUUAAGUCCUAGACGGUGCAAGUGCAAAAUAACCCGUGCCCCGUCGGGGCUAUCAAAAUAACCCGUGCCCCGUCGGGGCUAUCAAAAUAACCCGUGCCCCGUCUGGGCUAUCAAAAUAACCCGUGUACCGUCGGGGCUAUCAAAAUAACCCGUGUACCGUCGGGGCUAUCAAAAUAACCCGUGCCCCGUCUGGGCUAUCAAAAUAACCCGUGCCCCGUCUGUGCUAUCAAAAUAACCCGUGUACCGCCUGGGCUAUCAAAUUCGCAGCCAUCUUAUCUUGGUUUGACUCUACAGGGAAUUAUUUUUAGUUAGUUGUUUGUUAGUUACCAUUCCAAUUUCAACUGAGAAAAAAAAACCAGUUGUUACCAAUGGAAACAAAUUGGUAACAGAUGGAAAUAACCAUACAAUAUAAGAGUUUUUUCCCAUGUUGACCAUAAUAAUUAUAUCAUCCUGUUAUCGUUCUAAUUUGAUAUCACGUAUGUAAUGAAUUGAACUAUUGUGUUAUUGUUUAUAAAGCUUUAAUGUUUGAUUCUAAAUUUCUGUAUCAAAAACGAGCUAAGUUCACGAAAAGUUCCCGCGAUUUUAGUUUAUAGAAUAGUCUAUUCUGAAGUUUACAGCAAUUAUAUUCAUAAACGUGUACUAAAGUUACGAUGCCGCUAAUAAUCGUUUGUCCCUUUCCGACGUAUUGGUCUGAUGGAAAGGGACAAACGAUUAUUAGCGGCAUCGUAACUUUAGUAGACGUUUAUUAAUAAGGGGGUUUAUCAUUAGAAUAGCGCGCGAUCUUAACUACGUAUUAUUGAUAAAACACUUUUAAAAAUUAGUCGCAAAAUAUAAAACAAUCAUUGACAAAUAUCUAAAGCCGGGCCGGGCACUAAGAAAGAAAGGGCACUAAGAAGGGCUAAUUCAGCGGUGUCACUCACGAAUUCGAGCCAAUCAUGCAGUCUAACGCAACUAGUUGCAAUCAAUCGCGCGCGCGAUGCGAACUCAUCAACCAAUCGCGUUGUGGUGUGAGACUGCGCGAUUGGCUCGAAUUCGUGCGCGUGACACCACUGUACUGGCCCCAUUCUCAUUGCCCGUAAGGUCUGUCCUUAGAUAUAAGCCAAUAGUAACAAUUAUAUAGCAUAUAUGUUCAUUUACAUUCUUUUUUCAUGGGUAAUUUAUUAUUUAUGUAUAAGCAUAGAGUAAUAAGAAGUAAUAGAGUGCUCACUCCAUACAUCAGUUUUGGUACCAAAAUGCUUAUUAUUUUCGCAGUCGACAUCUAGCAUCGAGUAGCGGAACUCUCAGUACUGCUACUCGACUAUAGAUAUCGCGGCACACAAAAAGUCUAAUGCUCAACGAUGUUCAGCUAAUAUUAUAACCAGAGUAAGCGUAGGAGUUGAAAAUAGAGUUCCGGUUACUCUGGUUAUAAUAUUAGCUGAACAUCGUUGAGCAUUAGACUUUUUUUUUGCCGCGAUAUCUAUAGUCGAGUAGCAGUACUGAGAGUUCCGCUACUCGAUGCUAGAUGUCGACUGCGAAAAUAAUAAGCGUUUUGGUACCAAAACUGAUGUAUGGAGUGAGCACUCUAUUACUUCUUAUAUCUCUAUGGUAUAAGUUACUCGAUGGUUUACAAUAUUUGCAGCAGAACAUUGCAGUAACACUCCCUAUUGUUUUCGAGUGAAAAUUAGUGCUUUUCUUGAACAACGAUAAUAGAAAAUACCCGCAUAUGUUCUGCGUUUUUUCCAUUCAGAUAUUAUUUAUUAGUUGUUUCUCUCAUACAACUAAGGAGCUAUUUUAUAAGCUUUUCACAUCCUGCUCUCACUCCUAAAUCGUAUGUAUUAGAUAGAGAUGCAAGAUGAUUUCACUUGAGUCACAUAUUUGUAUUUGUCACGGGCUAGGCGAAACCUGCUAUCCUUUUCUGACCUAAUGUAAAGAAAGAGAUCGAAAUGCUUAAUCUAAGACGAGGUAGCCAGGCGGUUAUUAUUCAUAUUACUUGUAUAACUAACUUAUUGGAGAAAUAUUCAAAUACCUAAAAAUGGCCUUAGGCCAUUGACAUAUAUCUAAGGACGGGCCUUACGGGCAAUAAGAAUCGGGCCGGUAAAGCGGUUUCACGCACAUUAAGUAGACUGAUUUGACGUUCAUAAGCGCGUUGUAAUAUACCUGAAUAAUAAACUAUCAUUAUCUUUAUAUUGAAUUCGAGCCAAUCGUGCAGUCUAACGCCGCGAUUGGUUGAUGAGUUCGCAUCACGCGCGCGAUUGGUCGCAACUAGUUCCGUUAGACUGCACGAUUGGCUUGAAUUCGUGAGUGACACCACUGAACUAGCAACAUUCUUAUUAUAGUGCCCGUAAGGCCUGUCCUUAGAUAUAUAUCAAUUUUACACAUUGAUUAUUAUUAAGUGUGAGUUCAUACAUUUGCCACUAUGUGUGAAUUCGCACUUAACAAUCAUCAAUGUGUAAAUUGGGUCUUACUUUUGGAUUGUUUUCUUGACUGUUGUUAGUAGGAAUAUGACGAGUAAUAAUCGCUUUUUGAGGCCCAAUUCAGCAUGAACGAGACGCAGCUAUAUGAUAGAAUGAGAUAGUAGUAUAAAUUAAAUUGUAUCAGAUAGCUGCGUCUCUGUCUGCUAUGAAAAAGGCCUUUUAGACUGAAUGUGUUAUAUUUUAUCGAGGUUUUAUACUUAUGUCCAAAGAGUUGUUAAUAGUAGAAGAGGUGUAAAAUGUAAGAUACAUUCUUACCUCAGAUUUGACAGCUGGAGUAGUUAGGUUCGUAAAACUUGACGUUAGACAAUCCACCUACCGUACAGCCCAUGAAUCUAGCAUUUAACCGGAUUAGACGUGGGAGGUUGGGGGGGGGAAAUCACCGAUCGGGAUGGUCUUAUGGAACUUUUAGUAGGAAUAGCAGAGAAAGUGCUAUUAUUGUUUGUCCAUGUCAUAUUAUUGUUUGUCACGAGGGGGGUAAGUGAAAUUUUGGAUACGACAAUAAUAAUUCCCGACAUCCGCAGGCUGGAGGGAAUUAAAGACCCGAGUUUGCAAUAUUCUUACCCCCGGAGUUACACACAAUGUUUUUCAUCACAUUUGCGAAGAAAAAAAUAUUUUUUAGCGAAAUAAUUCUUAAAUUCGGUGAUUUCAAACAUUCGUCCGCCAUUUUGUAAUUUCUUGGCAGGUGAGGCAUCGAAGGCACAGACCUAUUCGGCAUUCAGCCACGAUUGAAAAUUAUGUAAAAAUAUUUAAAAACGGCUGUUAGAUUAAUCAAAUUAAAUAAUUUUAAACGUAAACAAAAAUAUUAAAUUAUAAACGUCAGUAUUUUAAAAUUAAAACUCAUUUAUGCUACUUGGUUUGUAUGAAUAAGCGACAUAAUUUAAAAACAGCUAUAACUCCCUAGGGAGUUAUAGCUUUUUUUCCACAACCUAUAACUCCCGCGGGAACAAAAUAGGCCUUUGUCCUUCAGCACACCUGCAUGAAAUAAGAUCUUCUUCGAGCAAGUGUGAUGAAAUCGUUUUUUGGCGUCCAGCGUUUUUAUGGUGGGGAACAAUGAACCCGACCAAAUGAUGUAGGUUAUUUUUGGUAUGUUGUCAGGAAAGUCACAUUUUUGAUUUCGUCGCAUUUUGUAUGUUUUGUCCCUCACGGACGCCCGCGUAUAGCCCAUCUAUAGAAAAUACUAUGUCUAUGGUACAGCCCCAUCUAGGCUGUCGAACUGAGGUAAGAUUUUUUUCACAAACUUUACGCUUCUUCUACAAUCAAUAGCUGUUUACAUGUCUGCGCGCGAGCGUUAUAAUGUUGACUUUAUUUGUGUAAUUGUAAGGUUUAAUAAAAAAUAAAAAGUUCCAAUUUCA